CUUAAGUAUUAAAAAACAAAAAAAAGCCUUAUCAUUGAUUAGACGCGUGAUGUCGUGGAGUUUGGGGUUUUUAUUAUAUAAGAUGUUCACUAGAUAAGGACCGCCUGAUUCUUUUACCUUUAAACCAACACAAACAAUGACUGAUACAAGGGCGCACGUCCUCGCUGCUCUCGUCUGGUUUGGCGCCCUGUGCUUUGCGACUGCAGCUCCAAGUGGCAGCCAUGACGUCAUCGUCGCACUGGACAAGGGGCAGCAACUGCGAGGUGUGCGUGUGACCUUCAGCUCGGGUGAAGCCGUCAGCAAAUUCUAUGGGAUUCCAUACGCCCAGCCUCCUACGGGUAAGUUCCUGUACUUUAAUUCCUUCCCAUCUCGUACAGAUUACUUCAUGUGCUUCAAUCCCCAUCAAACCUCCUGCAACUUACAAGUAAGUUCAUGUCCUUCAAUUGCUCCCCGACCCCAAACAGGUAAGUUCCUGUGCUUAAAUCUCCCUCAAACAUCCCACAGCCUACAGGUAAGUUCCUGUGCUUAAAUCUCCCUCAAACAUCCCACAGCCUACAGGUAAGUUCCUGUGCUUAAAUCUCCCUCAAACAUCCCACAGCCUACAGGUAAGUUCCUGUGCUUAAAUCUCCCUCAAACAUCCCACAGCCUACAGGUAAGUUCCUGUGCUUAAAUCUCCCUCAAACAUCCCACAGCCUACAGGUAAGUUCAUAUGCUUAAAUGCACAUACAGCUUACAGGUAACCCCCCGAGUUUAAAUUCCUCCCCAAUCUCCUACAAGUAAGUGACUGGAGUUUUUAAAAAAUUAAAAAAAUCAAUUAGCUUAUCGUCGAUGUGGGCGGCAACCUUUUUAAGAAUCGCAAAUAGCUUUGAAAGAAAAUCACAUCACGGUUUUCGACACACAAAAAUGUAUCUUUAAAAUAAGUUUAUUUGAGUGUGCUACCGUUUAAAGGCUUUCUUUCUUCUUUUUUUUCCUUGGGGCGGAGGGGGGUAGACAGGAGUUGAAAAAAUAAUCAUGUUGUUUUUUUUUGACCACCCAGGUGAAAGACGCUUCGAACCACCAGCAGCUGCCCAUGAAUGGUCCGGGAUAAGAGACGCUCGGACCCCAGGAACAAUCUGCCCCCAGAAUCCAUCCCAACAGAACGUGCAGUACACGCGCUCCGAGGACUGCCUGAAUCUCAGCGUCUUCUCGCCGGACGUCAACUCCUCACAUCCGGUUCUCGUAUGGAUCCACGGGGGUGGAUUUCGCGUCGGGUCACAGUUCAGCGACGGUGACGGGUCCACGCUGGCCCGUUACGGCAUCGUCGUGGCCUCGAUCAACUAUCGCCUCGGACCGUUCGGUUUCCUGUCCACGGGAGACGACGUCAUGCCUGGAAAUUAUGGACUGCUGGACCAGAUCCUGGCGCUGAAAUGGGUGCAGAAGAACAUCCAUUUCUUCGGCGGUGACCCGACUCAGGUGACCAUUGCAGGGGCGAGUGCGGGGGCUAUCAGUACAUCCUUACACAUCUUGUCCCCGCUGUCAAAGGGUCUUUUUAAACGAGCCGUCAUGGAAAGUGGAUCCUGUUUUGUGGCGUCCGGUCUGGAAAGACCAGGGUCGACGGUACAGGUGAAAAACUUCACCGCGGCAGUGGCGGCGAAAGUCGGCUGCUCCAACACGCACUCCUCUGCGCUGCUCCACUGCCUGCGAGGUGUGGACGCUGAUCGCCUGCUCAACGCAUCCGUCGAGACGGAACACGCCUUCGAUAUACUGUUCAUCGCUGUACCCAGGGUAGAAACUACCUUCGGGUUUCUCCCCGACUACCCGAAGAACAUUCUCGCCAGCGGCAACUACAACCACGUGAGCACCCUGAGAGGCUUCAACUCCGGAGAGUGGGCGUACGUGGUCCAGGACAGCAACAACGACGGCGUCACCCGCGAGCAGUUCACGCGCUAUUUCAGACGCUAUUUUCACAAGAACUCGUUCGUUAACAAUGACGCCAUAGAACGGCUGGUCGAGGAGGCUUACCUCGCCGACGAGACGGACCCGAAGACCAUCCGAAGAAAUUUGGUCGCCGCCCUGGCGGAUCUGACGUACGGCGGCGCCGAACUCUUGGAACUGGAGAAGACCGUCGAGAGACCGGGCGGGGCGACCCACCACUACUUCUACGAAUUCAAGUACAGGGCCAACAACACGGCCACCCCGCUGUGGAGCGGUGUGGCGCACGCCGGGGAGAGACCCUUCGUGUUCUUCGAUCAGGCAGACGCCUCCAGAUCCGUCGCGGAUAAGACUGUCGGUGAACAUGUCCAGACGAUGUGGACGAAUUUCGUGAAGGUCGGAAACCCGACGCCGACUGCUGUCGGAAAUAACACGGUUCACUGGAGCCGAUUUACCAGCAGCAACCAAGCCAUGCUGCUGAUCGGGGCUAAACCGGUCUUAGAGAAAAUUCCAAGACCUUUUGUUAUCUCCCUUUACGAGCAGGCUCUGCAACUCAUGCACGCAGCUAAAGUUGUGGACCCUGAUGUUGUUAUUGGCUAGAAUUACUCAACUUCAUAUUUCAAAGCAAAAACCACAAAUAAAAAUAUUUUUUUUUGAAAAUCA